GGGGCGGUUUGCAGGGCGGGGCCCCCCCUGCUCUCCAGCACUGGGCACCGACUACCCCAGUGCUCACCGCUCUCCACGCAGGCAGCCAUGCGGCGAGCCCGGGAGCUGCUCGCCUUCUGCUGCCUGGUCUUGAGCACCACCGGGCGCCCUUCGCGAGUUCUGUGCUUCUCUCUUUCAGAUUUUUGUGCCCAGACCCUUAACUCAGAUGUGAAACCAGGAUUUCCUAAAACAAUAAACCCCAAUGACUCAGCAGUCCUCAAAGCAGCCAGACACAGCGUUGAAAGGUUCAACAACUGCACAAAUGACAUCUUCUUGUUCAAGGAGUCCCACAUCAGCAGAGCCCUGGUCCAGAUUGUGAAGGGUCUGAAGUACAUGCUGGACAUGGAGAUUGGCAGAACUUCUUGCAAGAAGACCCAGCACCCUAGUCUAGACAACUGUGACUUCCAGACCAACCACACCUUACAACGGAUGUGAAAUUCUUCAAAAUAACUUGGGGCAGGAGGAGAGCUUAAUAAGGAAAAUGCACACACACACAGGUAUGUGUGCACAUGCACAGCCCACAGGCAGCAGCACCAGAACUUAACCUCUGUGGAGCAUGUCGGGAGGGCGGCCUCUGCCCCAGGAAGAUUCUCAGGAGGAUUCUUCUUUGUUUCAGACUUUCAGUUGCUACUCUGAAGUUUGGGUCAUCCCCUGGCUCCAGAGGUUCGAGGUGCCCGUCCUCCACUGUCAGUGACUUCCACCUCACAGCAAGACUGCACCUGUGCUGUUUACUGUGCUCAGUCACAGCCCUGUCCUGGCUGUCACAGACCCUUGGACCUUCUAGAGGAGCUCAGCAGUGAGCAGAAGUGCCCACAGGUUCACUGCAAAGUAGCCAGAGUGGAAGAAAAAGAUACUGCCCCUGGCUAGAUUAUUUCACAUUUUUUUCUAAACUUCAUUUUACUAAUGCUGUGUCCCAGACAGAUUUGGGGUCUGGACACACAGGAGCGAGUCCUCUGGUGGGAAUUUUUCAGGUUCUGGACCCCUGAGCAAGCCCAAUUACCCUGUGGUCCCACGCUCACCAAUGAAAAGCCCAGAGAUCCAUCCCUCUGACUGAAUAACUGUUACAGCACUGGGCAGAGGACCCAAGUCUGCUAUUAAGCACCUUUGCCCUUUCAUGGAUGAAUAAAGUCAUGAAUAAAUAGGAAUAAAGAACUGACCAUCUCAAAGCAUCUUUAAAGGGACAGUUAGGAGGGUGAGGUGUUGUGAGGGGUGCCCCUCACUUAGUGGUCUAAUGAGUAUAAGUGACUUCCAUAAAGCCCCUUGGAGGCUUUUCCAGCCACUCACUGCUAGCUAAAAUAUACUGAAGACCAAAGCAGCCAAAACAGGCCAGCAUAUAUCUACAUCAUGAACUGGCAGGACAGAAAGCACCCCACUUUGGAGGGCACUUACCCUCCAGCUGGGUAUUCUUCUGACAGGGAGCCAUACACCCAAGUUCUCUCCACUGCCUUUGAGGCUCAGCAUGCACACAACAGCACCUGGGCAGGUGGGGUGAGGCAGAGUGCUGGGACCACUGCCCACAGCACCUCAAAAGAAGGGAGUCCAGGUUAGGGAUGGAGGUGUUGUGUUGAGUUGGGAGAAGGAGGGGACCACUGUGAGGUGGGAGGCACUAGGGUCCUCGUAAAAGACAGGGAUUGAGCUGGCAUUAGAAAGUGCAAGGCUGGGCCACAGAGACACCCAGGAGCUUGUAGACAGAGGCUUCACUCAGAGAAGACAGCCCCCCCAGCCACCUUGUGUAACCCUGGGUUCAAAUGCAGAGCCCCUCAUGUUGGACUUCUUCCUCUCCAGGUCUCUUCAAACUACAGGCAAA